UCGCCGUAAUAUUACUUAUUUUAGAAAAAAUGGGACGUGAAAGCCUUUUGAAUAAAAUGACUAAAAAAGCCAUACUAGAUUCAUGUAUAAAGAAUAACUUGUACCGACUACCGAAAUUGAAUGAUGUUUUGUACUUACACUUUCAAGGCUAUUCAGCAAUUGAAAACCUUGAAGAAUACACCGAGUUGAAAUGCUUAUGGUUAGAGAGCAACGCAAUUUCAGAAAUCAAGGGUUUGCAAAACCAAAAACUUCUAAAAUGUUUGUUUCUCCAAAAUAACUUAAUUGAGAAAAUUGAAAAUUUAGAUGAACUGAAAGUGCUUGAUACGUUGAACUUAUGUCAUAAUUAUAUAAAAAAGAUAGAAAAUUGUGGGGUUGAUCAACUUCCAUUGUUAAACACUCUCAACAUUUCUCACAAUUGUUUGAAACUAGCCGAGCAUUUAGAAGGCCUGAAAGACUGCAAAUAUUUGUCAGUUUUAGAUAUAUCUCAUAAUAAAAUUGAGGAUGUUGUUGUUGUUAAAAUUUUGGGGGAUAUGCCGCAACUAAAAGUAUUAACAAUGACAGGAAACCCAGUCAUCAAUCAAAUUCCACAGUAUCGCAAAACUUUAAUUUUGGAGUGUAAAGAACUCACUUACUUAGACAGUCGUCCUGUAUUUCCAAGAGAUCGUGCUUGCGCAGAAGCAUGGAAACGUGGAGGCUUUGCUGAGGAGCAACAAGAACAUCAUCGUUGGAAUAAAGAAGAACGUCGAAAAACAAGAGAAAGUGUUAAUGCUUUAUUAGCACUACGUUCAAAAGCAAGUGGCGACACACAUUUUGAACCACUACGUAGCAGUAGUGACGAAGAGGACGAUGAUAAUGUUGAUUCACAAAAACUUAAAAAACAAACUACUAAUAUUGGUCCAAAUCUCUACGACGAAAACUUAAACUUUGAGCAGUUUAAUUUGAAUGAGUGGCGUGAAAUUGAACAAACGCUAAUGAACACUGAAUAUGCAGAGCCCGAUAAGCUACAAAUCGGCAAUAAUUAUACUUUAGAAAAACGAUUUGAUCCGUCAGAUGAUUUAGAGACAAAUCAAGAAAGUUUGAACUCCAAUACCAAUGGUGAGGAGCAAUUAAUUAAUAAAACACAGACAGCUUCGAAUGAAAAAAUCGAUGAAAACAAAACGAAUGAAGAUGUAAUUAACAGCACAUCGUUACCAGAAGAUUUUGCAUACACUUUUCCCGUUAAGGUUGAAAGAUCAAUUACAGAUGACACUUUUCCUGUAAAUGACAAAUGUGAGCCAUAUUGUUUGCAACAAAACACGAAAAACUGGACAAGAAACAUUGUUACUGAAAUACUUGAUGGUUUUGAUAGCUCAAUACCAUUGACUCCGGUAAAACAAACUUGUGCUACGAUUCAAAUAGAAGAAAAUUCAGAAAUGGAUGCACAAAGAGAAGUCGAUGAUGUCUCUGUUUUUUCUAAAACGGUUUUGUUAAAAAACUACAAGAAUCAAAUGGAACAUUCGUUCACUGGCCCAGAUUUAUGUUCUUCAGAGUUAAUUGAAAAAAAGGAAUCGGAUUUUAUAACUACAUCUGCUUUCAAGGAGUCCUCAAAAUUACAAGAACGUUCAUCGAUAUCCAAAACUCAAAAGAAGGAAUCUAAAAAAGAAUUUGAUCUUCCAUCACCUUGGAACGAACUGUGGUUUUCGUCAUCUUCCGAAGAAGAAUCUGAUUCUAAAAAUGAUGAAAUUCUAAAGAACCCUAUCCAAAAAGUUGAGUCUCAAGUCGUGCAAUUGUGUAACUCAAGUGUUUCCAACAAUUUUGAUUUUAAGAAUGGCAGUUCUAAAGACGAAGAUUGUAUCGAAACUUCAGAUGGUUUAUUUACAAAAAAACCAAUUCCUGAAGCUUUGGAUACGGAAACAUCGGAUAUCGAAGACAACAUAUCCGCAGUAAGUAAAGCAGAUUCAAAAUACAAAAACAAAGAAGAAGUGUGGCAAAUCGACUUGCAUGAUAAUCAAAUUAGGUGCAUCGAAAAAAGUUGUUCCGAGUUGUCUUUGUUAACGUACGAGCCUCGAAUGCCAUCUUUCGAUUUCACAAAGGAACCUAAGGACAAGCUCUUUCUCAUUAAUAAACUUUUGGAGUCGGGAACUAAUUUGACAUUUGGAAUGGAUAACACUCUGACAGUUGGUGGAGUUUUACAAGUAACUGAUGUAGAAAGAUUACAAGCUGAAUCUUUCAGAGAACGAUCGGACAAGUUACAAGACUUGUGUAAAAGAAUCUAUGCACGUCGCGAUGAAAUUAAUGCUAAAUUUGAUAAGAUUCAGGCAUUGUGGGGCGACUUUAAAAAUCCCCAUAAAGGAUUGACGAAAAAAUCUGAGAUUUGUGUUGCAGGAACAAGCAAAAAUUCCGUUGCAGAGAUUGACUUCAACUCAUUAUUGACAAAAACUGUAAACUUAGUUCAAGAAUCUUCUAAAGUGUAUAAUGACAUGUGUAAUGGUGACUCUUCGGAUCCACGUUCACUAAACGAUUGGAAGAGCAUCUACUUACUGCAGCCAGUUCAAAGUGGAAUGUUUAAUACCAAUAUUGACUUAGGCAACGAUGAGGAAAAAAUAACGAAAGGAAUCGUGUCUCUUAUUAUCGAAAGCUGUGUCGAGUUCAACAUGAUGCGAGAAUUUCAAUUUAUAAAUUUUGAAAAUAAUCUAAAGGGUGUAGUGCAAAAAUAUCGUCAGAGACUUCAGAAGUUCUUGAACCACCGAAAUGAUAAACAAAAAGAUAAUUUAGAUACAUUGAUGACAGAGUGGCGAAGCGACAGAGGAUCUGCUUAUGACUUCAAAAAUAUCUUUAUGUCUGAAGACGAAGAAGUUCGAGAAAAAUUAAAACUUAUUGUAUAUCAUGAGUAUUCAAUCGAUUUGGAUAACGAUCAAGAAAAGGUCAUGCACUUAUGGCGAAUGAUAUUAACAUGCAAACAGGUGUACGUAGGUCAUCAAAUGGUAGAAAAAUUAGUCGUUCAAGAGACUUCAUCAGAUGAUGAUACUUCAAAUUCUGACACAGAAUAA